AUGCGCCCUGAUGUGAGCAAUUCGGACUCGGACAUGGAGCCUUCCAUGCUCCCAGAUGCCGCGAUAACAGAAGAAGGGACCCCAGAAGUAAAAACCCCAUCAGAGGAAGAGGAGGGCAUGCUCGCUCGGGACGUUCAACAGAAAACUGCCUACUAUGAUUACGCUACGGAAAAGCAGCUGAGCCAGGCAGAUGCGAAGUUGUUCUAUCAGAGGAGUCAACUCGAGGCCCAGAAGACUGGGGGAAGCAAUUGGGGGAAUUCGCAGAGCUCCCCGCAAGCUAGCCCAACGUUGAUACCAAGGUCAGGCAGUAUGACUUCUCUGAAGAGCAAGCAGAACUUUUCAACGAGCUCUUCGAAGUACCGGCCCGCUGUCCCCAUUGGUCUAGCAGAUCCUGCAAAACACCCCGAAAGCAAUACUAUUCAAGAACCAGCUUAUGGCGUGUACACACAAAGCCCAACGGGCAUACAUCGGACGGAAUCCCUCCUACGAGCAGACCGGGGCGCUAGAGACCAUUCUACACAUCCAGAUAUACCCCACGAGCCAAAGCCAUUGCUAGAAACAGAAGGACUACAUGGAGCUGGCGCUGGAGUUGGCGUAGGAAAUGGUGUAGGCGGAUUCGCGGACAACGAUGCGCACAUUACAUCGGAGCUGAGUACCAUCUACUCCAAGAUCCAGAAGAUAUUGGAUACGCGGCACAAAUACAUGAGGUUGUCUUUGCAGGAGGAAGGCGACAAUCCCAAGGAUGACCCAAAUUGGAAGAUUUACCCCUCGCCACCGGAACCUGCUUGGUAUGAAGAGCAGGAUAACUCUAGUGUUGCAGCUGGAAAGCCAAGCAAGAGUGCCAGUAUGUCGAAUAGUAUGGUUCUCGACAGACCUCGUACUAGAGGCAGCUCUUCGAAUAUGUCGCAACCUCCACAAAGUCCACAGACCCCGAAGGCUCCUAAGAAGAAGCGGAAGCCGGGUCAAGAUAUUGGUGCGGACUUUGACAUGGAUGAUCUUCUACCUUUGCCUGGUAGCAGCGAGAUGACGUUCCGUAUGGAUGAAAAUAGUGUGUAUCAGGUGUAUGAGAAUGCCAAAGCACUAGAGGUUGACACACCCGUUAUCAAUAUCCCUACUAUCCGGGAGUUUUACAUGGAUUUAGAAGAGAUUCUCAACGUCUCCUCGGAUGGACCGAGUAAAAGUUUUGCAUUCCGCCGACUGCAGUACCUGGAAGGCAAGUUCAAUCUGUACGUGCUGCUCAACGAGUACCAAGAGAUGGCAGACAGCAAAAGGGUUCCGCAUAGGGACUUCUAUAAUGUGAGAAAGGUCGAUACUCACGUUCAUCACUCGGCAUGCAUGAAUCAAAAGCAUCUGUUGCGCUUUAUUAAGAGCAAGAUGAAGAAGUGUCCGGAUGAGGUUGUGAUGUUCAGAGAUGGGAAGCAUCUUACUUUGGAAGAGGUCUUUCAGAGUAUCAAUUUGACGGCGUAUGAUCUCAGUAUUGAUACGCUCGAUAUGCACUAUCAGGCUCAUACUGACUCGUUCCAUCGGUUCGACAAAUUCAACCUUAAAUACAAUCCCAUUGGAGAAUCCCGGUUGAGGACGAUUUUCCUCAAGACAGAUAAUUUUAUCAACGGUAGAUACCUAGCAGAGAUCACGAAAGAGGUGAUAUCUGACCUGGAAUCAAGCAAAUACCAAAUGGUGGAGUGGCGUAUCUCAAUAUACGGCCGAAGUCUUGAUGAAUGGGACAAGCUUGCAGCCUGGGUCGUCGACAACAAGCUCUUCUCACACAAUGUCCGAUGGUUAAUCCAAGUUCCUCGAUUAUUCGACGUCUACAAGUCCACUGGUCUGAUGGAGAAUUUCGAGCAAGUAAUUGUAAAUCUCUUCCAGCCUCUAUUCGAGGUGACCAAGGAUCCGACUACUCACCCAAAACUUCACAUAUUCCUUCAAAGAGUAAUCGGUUUCGAUAGUGUCGAUGAUGAGAGUAAGCCGGAGCGCAGACUGUUCAGGAAAUUCCCUGUGCCGAAGGAAUGGGAAACAAAGCAGAAUCCUCCUUACAGCUACUGGAUCUACUACCUAUUCUCGAAUAUGGCUUCCCUGAACGUUUGGCGGAAGCAGCGUGGUUUCAAUACAUUCCACCUGAGACCCCAUUGUGGUGAAGCUGGUGAUACGGAUCAUCUGGCUGCUGCUGUUCUUUGUUGUCACAGUAUCAGCCAUGGUCUUUUGCUACGCAAGGUGCCGCUCCUACAAUACAUAUUCUAUCUCGAGCAAAUUGGAGUGGCAAUGUCUCCUUUGAGCAAUAAUGCACUGUUUUUGGCAUAUGAGAGAAAUCCAUUCUUACAAUACUUCAAGAGAGGAUUGAAUGUCUCGCUUUCCACGGACGAUCCUCUUCAAUUUGCGUUUACAAAAGAGCCAUUGAUUGAAGAAUAUUCUGUCGCCGCUCAAAUCUACAAGCUUAGCGCUGUAGACAUGUGUGAGCUGGCAAAGAACUCUGUCACGCAAAGUGGCUAUGAGUUUGCUGCAAAGCAGAGAUGGCUGGGUUCUGAUUUCUAUCUACCAGGUGUGAAGGGUAACGAGAUGGCCAAGAGCAACGUGCCCAAUAUUCGUGAAGGUUUCAGGCACGAGACAUUGCUCCAAGAGCUUUCAAUGAUUGAACGAUACACAGCAAUGGCCACCCCAGUCGCACCUAAACCCAGCAAAACCGAACAAAUCCCUCAGAUCCCAGAGAAAGUUCCAGUUUCGCCUACCUUAUCUGUAAAGUCAAACGCCUCGUCCAGCACCGUAGCAGUCGAAACACAGCAAUACCAACAAUUCCCCUCCCAAGCCGCACGUAUCCCCACCUCACACCAGCCUGAAAGCGCCAAUUCUAUCGCGACAAAUAGUCCCAAUCAACACGCCACCACGUUCAGCAAAUCUAGGUCCGUCGAAGCCUUCUCGGACUUGCAUUUGAGUGGAGGCGAGCCGAGGAUCUUCCCGGGCAUCGUCAGUAGAACGCAGAGAAAAAAUAGCCAUGCGAGGAAGAGCAGUUGGAGUGAGGCGGAGGAUGGCAGGGGCAGGAGGCGCAAGGAGACAAAGGGGACGGAUGGCGUGGUGGUCGAAGAGGGGAGUGAUAGAGAGAUAGAGGAGGCUGGUGGGUCGGAGAUGGGAUAUGGGGCGUCAGAUGGAUGA